AUGGGACGAGGCUCUGCAGUCAGAGGAGGAGCAGAGACGCAGCUGGAGCCUCCUUUCUGGGACGUGCGGCUGAGUCUGCGGCACAUCCCGGUGCUCCUGCCAGCCCUUCCAGUCUGGGAGAUCCCCAAUCCCUCCGCGCCCAGCCCCAUCCGACCGGCAGGUAAGGAGCCGGGCCGGCCCAGCCGCGGGGCCCGGGAGGACAGCGAGGUGCGGGGCGAUGUUGCGGAGCGGAGGGCGCGGAGGCGACAGGGACCGCGGCAGGUGAACGCAGGCGCGGCCUCCGCGGGGGCGGACUGGGGGGCCGGGUGUGCGUGUUGGGGAGCUGCCCCCAGCCCCGGACGCGGCGGCAGGAGGCCCGCACCGCACCCCGGGGCGCCCCUGCUCGCCCCGUCGGGGCGGGCGGGCAGCGGGGCGGCGGCGGUGGGAGAUGGCGGGCGGCGGCGGCGGCGGGCGCUGGCGCUGCUGCUGCUGCGCUGCCUCCUGCGGGCUGCUGGCGGCGGCGGCGGGGCCAGCCCGGCGGCGGCGAGUACUGGCCACGGAUGGGUAGACGGGCAGGGCGGCUACCAUGAGGGCUUCCAGUGGCCCGAGGGCUUCGACACGGCGGCCGCCACCAUCUGCUGGGCUCCUGGCGCCUGCGCAUGCUGCGCCGACCGCCGGAGGCUCGCCUGGAGCAGGGCGCGCACCAACGACGGAGAACCCCCCGACCCGGGGUCACCGCCCUGAGUGCCCGCCGCGCAACCAAUCUACGUUCCAUUCCUCAUUGUUGGAUCAAUAUUUAUUGCCUUCAUUAUUGUGGGCUCGCUGGUAGCUGUUUAUUGUUGCACAUGUUUGAGACCUAAACAACCAUCACAACCAAUACGAUUUUCUCUGCGGAGCUAUCAGACCGAGGCUCUUCCCAUGAUCCUGGCCUCCACAAGCUUCAGGACACCAUCCAGGCAAUCCAGUACCGCGACAAGUUCCAGUUCAACUGGCAGCUCAGUUCGGAGGUUCUCCUUCCCCCGGGCAGAGCCAGGGUGCCUUGUGGCAUCACCACCUCCACCGUACACAUCUGGCUGCUUCCAGACAGCCCACACAGUCCACCUGACCCAGCCAACCGGAUUUCUGGUGUCACCACCGUACUUUGGGUAUCCUCUCCAGCCUGAGCCUGCCCUGGCUGGGAAGAGCUGCUCUGAUUUUACUCAGAGCUGAAAAGAGUUGUGAAGAAGUAACACAGCCUUCAGAAGCAGAGGGACUGCUGCCGGUGGGUGUCACACUGAUGUGCUGUGUGGCUGUAGAAGUCAGAACUGUUCCCGUGGGUGAGUUGCCCUUGAAAAGUGCAGGGUCUCGCUUGGGAUUGCAUUUUCCAAACUUGGAUCACACUUACAAAUGAGCUGUAAAACAUCCCAAACUGUUGCUCUAAAAAUGGACUGCUCUGAUCGCUCAGCCUAAUUUGUGCAGAAUGUGUUUAGAGACAAGUAC